AUGCAGAGCGAAACACUCAAUGCCGUCUACGCCGCCAUGGAUAUUGAUGAGGAAGAUAUAACCAACGCAGAACCCCGCGGCAAGGAGAAGCUUGGGCGACGCAAACGCGCUCUCGGGAAAGCAGCGAGGACAAGGUCGAAGUAUAAGCAGUUAAGUAUGCGACACCUCGCUAGGGCGUAUAGUGAAGAAAGAAGCCCGGAACUCGUCAAGGAGAUUUCCUGUAGACUAAUCAGACGCCAUCCGUUGAAAUUCUUUGUUAAGCAUUGCGAGAUCGCGCUACUAGAGUGGCUUUCUAUACUUAGAGCGACCAUGCUGCCCGAGAACAUCACUAGUUCGGAUCCCCGGGUUGUUACAGCCUUUAAAUACCUAGAUAACAUCCUGUACGGCCAAGCGAAUUCAAUACUAGUGCGAAGACUUGCUGCUAUCCAGAUGCUAUACUUGCUGGAGACUGUCAAGCAGAUCGUUAGCUCGGACUAUCGACAAGGGCGGGUCCAGUUGAAGCGUGGCUAUGGGGUUUCGAGUAUUGUCAUGAAAAUCUACAUGAGUGCACAAGAUCAGCUAAUGACGAUGGGCGUGCUCUAUGAGCGUACACGAUUUGCCAGGCGUCUGAGGGAGCUUGCAGUGGAACCGCCAUUCUUUCUCAUUCUCUACUCAAACGCGGCCGAAUCCCUCGCAGAUAGGUCUUCGGGCUUCGGCGUGCCAAUGCUGGGAAUGAUAGCGUCCCACAUUGAGCAUGUUGCCCCUUCCAAACUCAUCACCGCCUGUAAGGACCUUGCGCAGGCAGCGGAGUCGGCAAUCAGAUCUGGGCAAGCUUGCGACACCGGUAUAAUGGCGUUGGAAGUAAAGCAGCGUUUAGAGCGAUGGAUGGAUUAG